AUGCCCACCGGUUGCGGUGUUCCGCUCUGCCCCAACCGUAACCAGAAGAAUCCCGUGAUUCGAGGCAGGAACCUUGUGUACCACUCCUUACCCCGCGAGGAGCCCCUCCGAAGUGCGUGGUGCCGAAGCAUCGGCAGGGAGGACCCCGGGAAGGCAGACGUACGCGUUUGUUCGGAACACUUCAACGGCGAUAAUGACUACGUUCGCAUAGCGAGUGUUCUGCGCGAUGCUGGACAGACGUUGAAGCGCGUUAGCCUGAAGUCCACUUCUGUGCCUUCGCUUCGACUGCCCCCCUUCGCGAGGUCUACCCAAGCAAAGGAGCCACCGUCGAAACGCCGAAGAACUCUGGGUGAUGAGCCGAUUGGGGACGCCGGCUGCUCCGAGGAAAGUGCUCCGAGUGCGCCUCGUGAGCUCUGCUGCUCGUGCGGUCACCGACCAGCCUCACACGACGCAGCUGUUCAAGUGGACCCGGAGGAAGUGCAAGCAGUGCAAGCGCCUACAAAAGCCCCCCGGCCGCCUGCUAGGAAAGACAGGGCUGUGGGAACGGACCCUCGGCUGGGGAAAAAGUCUGUCGGCACGCAGGGAAACACCUAUGCCAAGGUGGUGACAACUCAGUCGGCGCAGACUGAAGAGUUGGAGCUACUUGGCACCGCAAGUGCCACCACCACCACCAUCACC